CUCGGAGCGAAGUUGUUGAACACCUUCCCAACAAGGCUUCCACUUGCAGACAGAGGUGGGCCGCCGCUUCCAUUCGUGGCUUGCACACCAACUCGCCCAAGAAACACCCACUCCUCCCUCUCCAGCCCACUCGGCCCGACGUUCGUUCCCUCCCUCACACAAUGGCCGUCAAGUGGGCCCCUCUCUCGACGCCUCUCCCUCGGCGUCGCCAGACGACAGCCGUCCUCCUCUGGAUGCUCCUCAUCCCAAUCCUCCUCACAGUAUUCGCCUACCUCCUCAUCACCCCAACAUUCACCCCCUGGUGCCUCGCCUACCUCGUCUUCAUCGCUCUCGACCCCGCCCCCGAAGUCGGCGCCCGCAGAAGCAUGUUCUUCCGCCGUCUGCCCGUCUGGCGCUGGUGCAAGGACUACUUCCCCAUGCAGCUCCUCCCCACCGUCGAGCUGGACCCGAGUAAGAACUACUUGUUUGGGUACCACCCUCAUGGCAUCAUUGGCCUGGGCGCAUUCAUGAGCUUCGGCACCGAUGCGUCCGAUUUCAGCAAGAAGUUCUCGGGGAUCAACGUGAGGCUGUUGACGCUUCAGACCAAUUUCCACCUCCCGCUGGUUAGGGAGAUACUGCUCACGCUCGGCAUCUCGUCCGUCAGUCGGCGGUCGUGCGACAACAUCCUCAACAAAGGGCCGGGUCAUUCGUGCAUGAUCGUCGUGGGCGGAGCCACCGAAUCGCUGCACGCGUUCCCGGGCAUCGCGGACUUGAUCGUCAAGAAGCGGCUGGGGUUCAUCAAGGUCGCUCUGCGGAAUGGUGCGAGCCUGGUGCCGGUGUAUAGCUUUGGGGAGAACGAUAUCUGGGACCAGGUGCCCAAUCCGCCGGGAUCGGUUGUGCGAACGAUCCAAACGGUGUUCCAGAAGUACAUGACGUUUGCCCCGCCGUUGUUCUUUGGACGGGGCAUCUUUCAGUACAAUGCUGGGCUGAUGCCCUAUCGUAGGCCCAUCAUCUCCGUUGUGGGCCGCCCAAUCGACUGCCCGAAAGUCGAAUCACCUUCCCAAGAACUGCUCCUCGAAUACCAGCAAAAGUACCUCGACGAGCUGAUGCAUAUCUGGGACACGUACAAGGACAAGUACGCCAAGAACAGGAAGCGGGAGAUGAGGUUCAUUGAGUGAUGCUUGGGAGCGCUGGACGGUUGGAAAUGGGAGGGGUGACAGAGGAGAGGGGAUUGUGGUCUGAUACCCUGGGAAGGCUUAGGGAAGACUUUUGUCGGGGCGGAGAGCGGUGUAUAGCUAGCUGAGCCUUCAUGGUAGUGUAGCCUGUCAAGCGCUGUUAGUGGCGGGAGCUGUUUUCUUUUUCUCUUCUUUUUGGAUUUUCCUUGGUGUUGCAGCCCUACUCUUUUCACAAUACCUCCGUCGAAGCGGCCCUUUUCGUCAGGAGAGUGACCAUGUGCAUCCUCAGAAAGGAGAAAGGAGAAGAAACGAGACGCGUUGGGGCUUCCUCACGUGGGCGACUACGCAAGACA